AUGGUUUCGUAUGUUUUUUUCUCAGAUUUAAGUCCGUACUGUAACUUAUGCUGGACCGGUAUUGCAAUUUAUGAGAUAUACUACUUGAUUCUUGACUUAGAAGCAGGGUUGAUCGCUUUGCCCUUUCUGCUUGGCAUAGGUCUUUUAUCAAAUUACAUACAUGCACAUUUCCAGGACUGCACCUCAACCAUACUUGUUGGUGCACUAGUUGUGCAUUUGGCUAAUUGGGCCGCUCAGUUCUAUGGCCAUUUUCGCUUUGAAGGAAAUGCCCCUGCAGUUUUUGACAAUCUUGUCCAACCAUUGGUUUUGGCGCCAUAUUUUGUCAUUUUUGAGUGGAUGUUUAUCUUCAAGCACAGGCUUCCUCUUAGAAAGAAGAUUCUCAGAAAAGUUGGUGCUCAACGGCAUCCAAAAAAGGACAAUUAA